AUGGGCGGCACGGCUCGCGGGCCGGGGAGGAAGGAUGAGGGGCCGCCGGGGGCCGCACUCCCGCCGCAGCAGCGGAGAUUGGGGGAUGGUGUCUAUGAUACCUUCAUGAUGAUAGAUGAAACCAAAUGCCCACCCUGUUCAAAUGUACUCUGCAAUCCUUCUGAACCACCUCUACCCAGAAGACUAAAUAUCACCACUGAGCAUUUAACAAGAGAUCCUACUCAACGCUUCCUGAAUGGAGGUGAAAUGAAGGUAGAACAGCUAUUUCAAGAAUUUGGCAACAGAAGAGCUGACGACCUUCAGUCGGAUGGUAUCAACGACUCUGAAAAAUGCUCUCCCUCCGCUUCUCAGGGUAAAAGUUCAGAUAGUUUGAAUACAGUGAAACCCAGCAGUUCAUCCAAAGCAUCCAAAGUGGUACCUCUGACUCCAGAACAGGCCCUGAAGCAAUAUAAACAUCACCUCACUGCUUAUGAGAAGCUGGAAAUUGUCAAUUAUCCAGAAAUUUACUUUGUGGGUCCAAAUGCCAAAAAAAGACAUGGAGUUAUUGGUGGUCCUAAUAACAGUGGGUAUGACGAUGCAGAUGGGUCCUAUAUUCACGUGCCUCGAGACCAUCUAGCUUAUCGAUAUGAGGUGCUGAAAAUUAUUGGCAAAGGCAGUUUUGGGCAGGUAGCCCGGGUCUAUGAUCACAAACUUCGACAGUACGUGGCCCUGAAGAUGGUACGCAAUGAAAAGCGCUUCCAUCGCCAAGCAGCCGAGGAGAUCCGGAUUUUGGAGCACCUUAAAAAGCAGGAUAAAACCGGUAGUAUGAAUGUUAUUCACAUGCUAGAAAGUUUCACAUUCCGGAACCAUGUUUGCAUGGCCUUUGAAUUGCUGAGCAUAGACCUUUAUGAGCUCAUUAAGAAAAACAAGUUCCAGGGCUUUAGCAUCCAGUUAGUUCGCAAGUUUGCUCAAUCCAUCUUGCAAUCCUUGGAUGCGCUCCACAAAAACAAGAUCAUUCACUGUGACCUAAAGCCAGAGAACAUUCUCCUGAAACAGCAUGGGCGCAGUGCGACCAAGGUCAUCGACUUUGGCUCCAGCUGUUUCGAGUACCAGAAGCUGUACACCUACAUCCAGUCUCGGUUCUACAGAGCUCCGGAGAUCAUCCUGGGAGGCCGCUACAGCACACCCAUCGACAUAUGGAGUUUUGGCUGCAUCCUUGCAGAACUUCUAACAGGACAGCCGCUCUUCCCUGGAGAGGAUGAAGGAGACCAGCUGGCCUGCAUGAUGGAGCUUCUGGGGAUGCCACCAGCAAAACUUCUGGAACAGUCCAAACGUGCCAAGUACUUUAUUAACUCCAAGGGCCUGCCUCGCUACUGUUCUGUGACCACUCAGGCCGAUGGGAGGGCAGUGCUUGUGGGAGGUCGUUCGCGGAGGGGUAAGAAGCGGGGUCCCCCAGGCAGCAAAGAUUGGGGGACAGCGCUGAAGGGGUGUGAGGACUACUUAUUUAUAGAGUUUCUGAAAAGAUGCCUCCACUGGGACCCCUCUGCCCGCCUGACCCCGGCUCAAGCAUUAAGACACCCUUGGAUUAGCAAAUCUGUUCCCAGACCUCUCACCAUUGAAAAGGUGUCAGGCAAACGGGUAGUAAAUCCUGCAAAUGCUUUCCAGGGACUGGGUUCCAAGUUGCCUCCAGUUGUAGGAAUAGCCAGUAAGCUUAAAGCUAACUUAAUGUCAGAAACCAAUGGUGGUAUACCUCUGUGCAGUGUAUUGCCAAAGCUGAUUAACUAA